AUGUCGGGCAACACGGUCUACCUCAUCACGGGCGCGAAUAGGGGUAAGCGACGCCGCAAACCCGCCGACAGCCUGACCGCCCUCUCGACCGCCAGAAGCAGCAGUAGCAGCACCAUCCACCCCACCAGCAGGCUAAUCCCCCUCCUGCUCGACGAAGCCGACGACGCCAUCUCCUCCGCCACGCUCCCCGCCCGCCUGGCCGCCGCCACAACCGCCGCCGCUGCCGGCGGCAGCAGCAGCAGCGGCCCCCCCCUGCGCCUGGACGUGGUCAUCGCCAACGCAGGCUCGUCCGCCGCCUUCCGCGACGUGCUGGGCACCGACCCGGGCGCGGACAUGGUGCGGGAUUUCGAGGUCAACGCGGUCGGGCCGGCGAAGCUUUUCCGCGCGGUCUGGCCGCUUCUGGAGCGCGCUUCAGCGGUGGGAGGGGUGGGGAAGUUCGUGCUCGUGUCCAGCUCUCUGGGCAGUAUCGGCCUGCUGGACCAAGAGAGCCUGCCUGGGGUGGCGUACGGGAUGAGCAAGGCGGCGGCGAACUGGUGGGCGAAGAAGGUGAGUGUGGAGUUUAGGGGAAGGUUGGUGGUUGGGGUUUUGCAUCCCGGGUGGGUGCAGACCGAGCUUGGACAGGCGCUCGCGGAUGCGGUUGGGUUCAAGGAGCCGCCCAUGACUCUGGAGCAGAGUGCAAAAGGGAUGAUCCAACAGAUUGACAACCUGACCCCUGAAAAGUCCGGGCAGUUUCUGCAGUACAACGGCGACCAGCUCCCAUGGUAG